AUGCUUGCAAAUGGUUCGAAACGUGAGGAGCCGUUUUCGCCCAGGGAAAGUGAAGGUAUACCCGUGAGCUCGGGCUUCCAGGUGGAGCAGGAAACUUGGGUGAAUGGAGUAGGUGGCGGUUCCGAGGGAACCAACGUGCAGGAGCUGGCCAAUGGGCCAGAGCAAGAGCCAGAGUUUGAGGUUUUGGAGCUUCCUGAAGGGGGACGCAAGGCGUGGCUGGUGGUAUUUGGAUCUUUCAUGGGCCUGUUCCCGGUUUUCGGGCUCAUGAACUCUUUGGGCGCGGUGGAGUCGUACAUAUCGCGGAACCAGCUGAUCCACGAGUCGUCGUCGGUCGUUUCAUGGAUUUUUUCGAUAUAUCUGUCCACGACGUUCCUAAGCUGCAUCUUUACGGGAAGCUACUUUGACCGAAACGGCGGAAGAGGGCCAUUGUGUCUCGGAACGGCGCUGUUUGUAUCUGCGAUUUUGAUAACUGCAAACUGCACGGCGGUCUGGCAGUUUGUGCUGGCGUUUUCGCUUCUGGGAGGCAUUGCGUCAGGCAUUUUGACCACGCCGCUGGUGAGUUGCAUUGCCACAUGGUUUAUCAAGAAGCGGGCGAUUGCAUCGAGUCUGGCGACGAUUGGUGGCUCUGUGGGUGGAGUCGUGCUGCCACUGAUGCUUCGGUCGCUGUACUCGACCGUAGGUUUCCAGUGGGCCCUGCGUAUCCUGGCGCUGGUGUGUCUGUGUUGUUUGGCAUGUUCCAUUUAUUUUGCCAUUGAGAGUGAAAAGCCAACCGUGGAACCGUUUAGGAGCAAUACUGAAGCGUUUAGAUGGUACUGGGGCUCAGUUUUGAGUUGGCGAUAUUUUCUGGAGUGGAAGUUUCUGUUCGCUGCCCUAGGAAUGAGUCUUGCUGAAAACUCGCUCACCGCGUCUUCGACGUACUUGGCAUCUUACGCUUUGGCUCAGGGCAACACAGAGAAGUUCUCCUAUUCGCUGAUUGCCACAACCAACGCUAUUGGCGUUCUGGGGCGUUAUGUGCCGGCAUAUUUGGCAGACAAAUAUUCAGGACGCUUCAAUACGGUCAUCGUCACCACCUCGAUGGCUGCUGUUUUCAAUUUGGUGCUGUGGCUACCGUUUGGAAGUAGUACUCGCGUUCUCUGGGCUUAUUCGAUCUUGUAUGGUUUCUCUACGGGGUCUGUACAAUCCCUCAUACCUGUCUGUCUUGGUCAAAUUUCAAAGACAUCUGAUUUUGGCAAGCGGUACGCAUCUGCUUACCUCUUAGUGGCCAUCAUGACGAUCCCUGUUAUACCCAUAGGGGGAGCCAUCAUUGGAGAAGGCACGAUCCAGAACUAUGAUUACUUCAUCGUUUAUUCAUCUAUGAUGAUGCUGGCUGGAUCGGUGUGCUUCGCAAUCUCGAGAAAUCUAUGCGUGGGUCUGAAGAUGAGUAUCUUUUAG